AUGGACCCCUCUCUGCCGGGGUCCUUCCUCUUCAACGGCGGCCUCGGCCAGUUCUCCUCGGACAUCAAGGCGCCCGUGUGCCAGUACUCCGUGCCCAACUCCUUCUACAAGCUCAACGCGGGGCUCGGGGCGCAGAUGCCCGCAGGCACCCCUCAUGGCAUCAGCGACAUCCUCAGCCGUUCCAUGAUGGGCGCCCCCGGUGCCCCCUUGCUCUCGGGAUACCCCGCCAUGGGGGGGUUCGGGGCCACCAUGUCCGCCCCGAGCAUGUACUACAACAGGGACUACAGUCCGGCACUGGGCAGCUAUGCCAAGGCCCCCGAGUGCCCGAUGAUGAAGAGUCGGAAUGGGAGCUGCUGGACAGACACGGCGUACGAGUGCAGAGGUGGCCGGCAGUCCUGCAGCAGCAACAGUGGACCCAUGGGCGAGGUGGUGGGCAGGAAGAAACACACCCGGCCGACCUUCAGUGGGCACCAGAUCUUCGCCCUGGAGAAGACCUUUGAGCAGACCAAGUACCUGGCAGGACCAGAGAGAGCCAGGCUGGCCUACUCACUGGGCAUGACCGAGUCACAGGUCAAGGUGUGGUUCCAGAACCGGCGCACUAAGUGGCGUAAGAAGAGUGCUUUGGAGCCCAGCUCAACGCAGGCGGCGCGGGGGGAUGGGGCUGGCGACGCGUCUGACAACGAGGUGGAGGACGAGGAGUACAACAAGCCCCUGGACCCCGACUCGGACGACGAGAAAAUCCGACAGCUUCUGCGCAAACAUCGCCGAGCUUUCUCUGUUCUCAGAUUGGGCCCUCACAUCUGA